GUGAUCGUGUACGUGGAGGACGUCAAUGACGAGGCCCCCAUGUUCACACAGCAGCAAUACAGCCGCCAGGGGCUUCGAGAGACCGCGGGCGUCGGCACGUCAGUCAUCGUAGUGCGAGCCACCGAUCGAGACACCGGGGCCGGCGGCCUGGUGAAUUACCGCAUCCUAUCUGGCGCCGAGGGGAAGUUCGAGAUUGACGAGAGCACGGGGCUCAUCAUCACUGUGGACUACCUGGACUAUGAGACCAAAACCAGCUACCUGAUGAACGUUUCUGCCACCGACCAGGCCCCCCCCCUUCAACCAGGGCUUCUGCAGCGUCUACAUCACGCUGCUCAAUGAGCUGGACGAGGCUGUGCAGUUCUCCAACGCCUCCUAUGAGGCGGCCAUCUUGGAGAACCUGGCACUGGGCACUGAGAUCAUGCGGGUCCAGGCCCACUCCAUUGACAACCUCAAUCAGAUCACCUACCGCUUCGAUGCCUAUACCAGCGCCCAGGCCAAAGCCCUCUUCAAGAUAGAUGCCGUCACGGGUGUGAUCACGGUCAAGGGCCUGGUGGACCGGGAAAAAGGUGACUUCUACACCUUGACAGUGGUGGCAGAUGAUGGUGGCCCCAAGGUGGACUCCACCGUGAAGGUCUAUAUCACGGUGCUGGACGAGAACGACAAUAGUCCCCGGUUUGACCUCACCUCCGACUCGGCCGUCAGCGUGCCUGAGGACUGCCCUGUGGGCCAGCAGGUGGCCACCGUCAAGGCCCGGGACCCCGACGCUGGCAGCAAUGGGCAGGUGGUCUUCUUUCUGGCCUCUGGCAACAUCGCUGGGGACUUUGAUAUCAUCACCACCAACGACUCCAUUGGCGAAGUGUUUGUGGCCAGGCCUCUGGACAGAGAAGAGCUGGACCACUACAUCCUCAAGGUUGUAGCAUCCGACCGUGGCACCCCUCCGCGGAAGAAGGACCACAUCCUGCAGGUGACCCUCCUGGAUGUCAAUGACAACCCUCCAGUGAUCGAGAGCCCUUUUGGGUACAAUGUCAGCGUGAACGAGAACGUGGGCGGGGGUACUGCUGUGGUCCAGGUGAGAGCCGCCGACCGUGACAUCGGGGUCAACAGCCUCCUAUCCUACUAUAUCACUGAGGGCAAUGAGGACAUGACCUUCCGCAUGGACCGGGUCAGCGGCGAGAUUGCCACACGGCCUGCCCCGCCCGACCGUGAGCGCCAGAGCUUCUACCAUCUGGUGGUGACCGUAGAGGACGAAGGCACCCCCACCCUGUCCGCCACCACUCACGUGUACGUGACCAUCAUGGACGAGAAUGAUAAUGCGCCAGUGUUCGAGCAGCCCCACUACGAGAUCUUACUGGAUGAGGGCCCAGACACAAUCAACACUAGCCUCAUCACCAUCCAGGCACUAGACCUGGACGAAGGGCCCAAUGGCACAGUUAACUAUGCCAUUGUCGCAGGCAACAUCAUCAACACCUUCCGUAUCGACAGACACACGGGCGUCAUCAGUGCCGCCAAGGAGCUGGACUAUGAGAUUAGCCAUGGCCACUACACUCUGAUCGUCACUGCCACGGACCAGUGCCCGAUCUUGUCUCAGCGCCUCACCUCUACCACCACGGUACUUGUGAAUGUGAAUGACAUCAAUGACAAUGUGCCCACCUUUCCCCGAGACUACGAGGGGCCAUUUGAUGUCACCGAGGGCCAGCCAGGGCCCCGAGUGUGGACCUUCCUGGCCCACGACCAGGACUCGGGCCCCAACGGGCAGGUGGAAUACAGCAUCGUGGAUGGAGACCCUCUGGGGGAGUUUGUGAUCUCUCCUGUGGAGGGGGUGCUGCGGGUCCGGAAGGAUGCGGAGCUGGACCGGGAGACCAUUGCCUUCUACAACCUGACCAUCUGUGCCCGCGACAGAGGGGUGCCUCCUCUCAGCUCCACGAUGCUGGUGGGGAUUCGGGUGCUGGACAUCAAUGACAAUGACCCUGUGCUGCUGAACCUGCCCACGAACAUCACCAUCAGUGAGAACAGCCCGGUCUCCAGCUUCGUCGCCCGUAUCCUGGCCAGUGACGCUGACAGUGGCUGCAACGCGCUCCUCACCUUCAACAUCACCGCAGGCAACCGAGAGCAGGCCUUCUCCAUCAACGCCACGACAGGGGUCAUCACCGUGAACCGGCCACUGGACCGCGAGCGGGUCCCCGAGUACAAGCUGACUAUUUCCGUGAAGGACAACCCGGAGAACCCACGCAUAGCCAGGAGGGAUUUUGACUUGCUGCUGAUCUUUCUGGCAGACGAGAAUGACAACCAUCCCCUCUUUACUGAGAGCACCUACCAGGCAGAGGUGAUGGAGAAUGUUCCCGCUGGGACCCCCCUCACGGUGCUCAACGGGCCCAUCCUGGCCCUGGACGCAGACCUGGACGUCUAUGCCGUGGUGACCUACAAGCUGCUGGGCUCCCAGAGUGGUCUCUUCGACAUCGACCUCCGCUCCGGCGUGGUGACAGUGAGGUCAGGUGUCAUCAUUGACCGGGAGGCCUUCUCACCCCCGGUCCUGGAGCUGCUACUGCUGGCUGAGGAUACUGGACUGCUCAAUGGCACAGCCGACCUGCUGGUCACCAUCCUGGAUGACAAUGACAACUGGCCCACCUUCAGCCCUCCCACCCUCACAGUCCACCUGCUAGAAAACUGCCCACCAGGAUUCUCAGUCCUUCAGGUCACAGCCACGGACAAGGACAGUGGCCUCAAUGGGGAGCUGAUCUACCGAAUAGAAGCUGGGGCUCAGGACCGCUUCCUCAUCCACCCAGUCACUGGGGUCAUCCGUGUCGCCAAUGCCACCAUCGACAGGGAGGAGCAGGAAUCCUACAGGCUGACAGUGGUGGCCACCGACAGGGGCACCGUCCCUCUCUCGGGCACGGCCGUCAUCACCAUCCUUAUCGACGACAUCAAUGACUCCCGCCCGGAGUUCCUCAACCCCAUCCACACGGUGAGCGUGCUGGAGUCGGCUGAGCCGGGCACGGUCAUUGCCAACGUCACCGCCAUUGACCGCGACCUCCACCCAAAGCUGGAGUACCACAUCAUCGGCAUCGUGGCCAAGGACGACACUGACCGCCUGGUGCCCGACCAGGAGGAUGCCUUUGCUGUGAAUAUCAACACAGGGUCCGUAAUGGUGAAGUCCCCACUGAACAGGGAGCUGGUUGCCACCUAUGAAGUCACUCUCUCGGUGAUUGACAAUGCCAGUGACCUACCAGAGCGCUCUGUCAGUGUGCCAAACGCCAAGCUGACAGUCAACAUCCUGGACGUCAAUGACAAUACGCCCCAGUUCAAGCCCUUCGGGAUCACCUACUACACAGAGCGGAUCCUGGAGGGGGCCACCCCCGGCACCACGCUCAUUGCUGUGGCCGCCAUGGACCCGGACAAGGGCCUCAAUGGGCUGAUCACCUACACUCUGCUGGACCUGAUGCCCCCAGGCUAUGUCCAGCUGGAAGACUCCUCAGCAGGGAAAGUCAUUGCCAACCAGACGGUGGACUUUGAGGAAGUGCACUGGCUCAACUUCACCGUGAGGGCCUCAGACAAUGGGUCUCCGCCCCGAGCAGCUGAGAUCCCCGUCUACCUGGAGAUCGUGGACAUCAAUGACAACAACCCCAUCUUUGACCAGUCUUCCUACCAGGAAGCUGUCUUUGAGGAUGUGCCUGUGGGCACGGUCAUCCUGACUGUCACCGCCACAGACGCUGAUUCGGGCAACUUUGCCCUCAUUGAGUACAGCCUCGGGGAUGGAGAGGGCAAGUUUGCCAUCAACCCCACCACGGGUGACAUCUAUGUGCUAUCCUCUCUGGACCGGGAGAAGAAGGACCACUAUAUUCUGACGGCCUUGGCCAAAGACAACCCUGGAGAUAUAGCCAGCAACCGUCGAGAAAAUUCGGUGCAGGUGGUGAUCCAGGUGCUGGACAUCAAUGACUGCCGGCCACAGUUCUCCAAGCCCCAGUUCAGCACAAGCGUGUAUGAGAACGAGCCGGCAGGCACCUCAGUCAUCACCAUGAUGGCCGCCGACCAGGACGAGGGCCCCAAUGGGGAGUUGGCCUACUCACUCGAGGGCCCUGGCGUGGAGGCCUUCCACGUGGACAUGGACUCAGGUCUGGUGACCACAAAGCGGCCGCUGCAGUCCUACGAGAGGUUCAACCUGACCGUGGUGGCCACGGAUGGCGGACAGCCCCCACUCUGGGGCACCACCAUGCUCCUGGUGGAGGUCAUCGACGUCAACGAUAACCGCCCUGUCUUUGUGCGCCCGCCCAACGGCACUGUCCUCCACAUCAGAGAGGAGAUCCCGCUGCGCUCCAAUGUAUAUGAGGUCUAUGCCACAGACAAGGACGAGGGCCUCAAUGGGGCCGUGCGCUACAGCUUCUUGAAGACGGCGGGCAACCGGGACUGGGAGUACUUCACCAUCGACCCCAUCAGCGGCCUCAUCCAGACAGCUCAGCGCCUGGACCGCGAGAAACAGGCCCUGUACAGCCUCAUCCUGGUGGCGAGCGACCUGGGCCAGCCAGUGCCAUAUGAAACCAUGCAGCCGCUGCAAGUGGCCCUGGAGGACAUCGAUGACAACGAACCUCUCUUUGUGAGGCCUCCAAAAGGCAGCCCCCAGUACCAGUUGCUGACAGUGCCCGAGCACUCUCCACGUGGCACCCUCGUGGGCAACGUGACAGGCGCCGUGGACGCAGACGAGGGCCCCAACGCCAUCGUGUACUACUUCAUUGCAGCCGGCAACGGAGAGAAGAACUUCCAUCUGCAGCCUGACGGGCGCCUGCUGGUGCUGCGGGACCUGGACCGGGAGCGGGAAGCUGUCUUCUCCUUCAUCGUCAAGGCCUCGAGCAACCGCAGCUGGACACCUCCGCGGGGGCCCUCCCCGGCCCUCGACCUGGUCACCGACCUCACCCUGCAGGAGGUGCGCGUCGUGCUAGAAGACAUCAACGACCAGCCCCCGCGCUUCACCAAGGCCGAGUACACCGCAGGAGUGGCCACCGAUGCCAAGGUGGGCUCAGAGUUGAUCCAGGUGCUGGCCCUGGAUGCAGACAUUGGCAACAACAGCCUGGUCUUCUACAGCAUCCUGGCCAUCCACUACUUCCGGGCCCUUGCCAAUGACUCUGAGGACGUGGGCCAGGUCUUCACAAUGGGGAGUGUGGAUGGUAUCCUGCGCACCUUCGACCUCUUCAUGGCCUACAGCCCCGGCUACUUUGUGGUGGACAUCGUGGCCCGGGACCUGGCAGGCCACAACGACACGGCCAUCAUCGGCAUCUACAUCCUGAGGGAUGACCAGCGCGUCAAGAUCGUCAUUAAUGAGAUCCCCGACCGCGUGCGUGGCUUUGAGGAGGAGUUCAUCCGCCUGCUCUCCAACAUCACUGGUGCCGUCGUCAACACUGAUGAUGUGCAGUUCCAUGUGGACAAGAAGGGUCGGGUGAACUUCGCACAGACCGAGCUGCUCAUCCAUGUUGUGAACCGCGAUACCAACCGCAUCCUGGACGUGGACCGAGUGAUCCAGAUGAUUGACGAGAACAAGGAGCAGCUACGGAAUCUCUUCCGGAACUACAACGUUCUGGAUGUGCAGCCUGCCAUCUCUGUCCGGCUGCCCGACGACAUGUCCGCGCUGCAGAUGGCGAUCAUUGUCCUGGCCAUUCUCCUCUUCUUGGCGGCCAUGCUCUUCAUCCUCAUGAACUGGUACUACAGGACCGUACACAAGAGGAAGCUCAAAGCCAUUGUGGCUGGCUCAGCAGGGAACCGUGGUUUCAUCGACAUCAUGGACAUGCCCAACACCAACAAGUAUUCCUUUGAUGGAGCCAACCCCGUGUGGCUGGAUCCUUUCUGCCGGAACCUGGAGCUGGCUGCCCAGGCUGAGCAUGAGGACGACCUGCCAGAGAACCUGAGUGAGAUUGCAGACCUAUGGAAUAGCCCCACCCGCACCCAUGGAACUUUUGGGCGUGAACCGGCAGCAGUCAAGCCGGACGAUGACCGGUACCUGCGGGCAGCCAUCCAGGAGUAUGACAACAUUGCCAAGCUGGGCCAGAUCAUUCGGGAGGGACCCAUCAAGCUGAUCCAGACGGAGCUGGAGGAGGAGCCAGGGGAGCGCAGCCCUGCCCGGGGCAGCCUGCGCUUCCGCCACAAGCCGCCCACGGAGCUCAAGGGGCCCGACGGCAGCCACACGGUGCACGGCAGCACCGGCACGCUGCUGGCCACUGACCUUAACAGCCUGCCCGAGGAUGACCAGAAGGGCCUGGGUCACUCGCUGGAGACCCUGACCACCGCGGAAGCCAGUGCCUUCGAGCGCAACGCCCGCACGGAGUCAGCCAAAUCCACACCCCUGCACAAGCUUCGUGAUGUGAUCCUGGAGAGCCCCCUGGAGAUCACAGAGCUAUGA